AUGCCCUGGUCGAUGUACGUCUUCUUCGCGAUGUCGAUUAUCGCGAUUCCAUUAUACCUAUUGAUAUUCAUUUGUUUGUGCGGUCUUCGAACACACUCGAAAAUCUACAAUUCAACGUUUUACACGCUAUUCAUGCAGCACUGUAUCGCUGAUUUUCUCGCAAUAUUGACAUACUAUUUUGUGAAUCCGAUCCGUCAAAUUCCAGCCGUUCAGAAAUUCUAUUUCGAAUACCAGAAAUAUUAUAUAGCGGCAGCAUGCUUCAACACGAUUUACGUGUGCUUCAUUAUUCGAUGUUGCGGGAUUAUUCUUCUUUCCUUGCAGCGAUUCGUCAUCAUCGUCUUCCCGACGUCGCAUAUUUCAUUAGCGAUUCAGAACGCCUCAAAAUUGAAAGUGAUUCUCGUAUUCUGGCUAAUUCCUCUACCGUUGUCCAUAUUUAUUCUCAAAGACGCCGAUUUUUAUUACGAUUCUCUCGAAACCAUGCAAAUCAUCGCGCCGCUGCAAAUCACAAAUCGAAACAGCAUCAUCGCGUUGUCGAUCGUUUCAUUGGCGUGUGCGAUUUGCUCAAUGUGCCAUCUCUCCAUAUAUAUUGCGAUUCGUCAAAAGGUGGUCUCGAAGCGCCUUCGACGCGAAUUGAAUCUCACACUUCAAAUCGUCGCGCUUCAUCUCGCAUUCUUCGUGAUGAUGGUGUUCUACGGGCUCGUCAAUCAUUUUGGACGAACGGGAAAUUCGAGCGCUCGAUUCUACAUUCGAACAAUUUACCCAAUCGCGAAUGGAUUCCUCUCCUACCUCAACCCAUUUUGCGUAUUACUAUUGAAUCGCGAUUUAGGCGAGCGUGUCAAAUGUUUAAUAACUCGCCGAACGAUCAGAACCAGCGACAUUCAAUUAUCGAUGACGACGCAGUCGACUAAACUCAGAAAUCAUCAAUAA